AUGGCCGCAUUUGCGAAUGUGCUUCAGAGUGACCUUACCGCCGCGAAGGAGUCUAUCGAAAUAUUCAUGGAGCUCCUGGAAGGGGAUGCCGCGGCUGUUUAUCUGCACUUGUCCGAUGCCAAGCUAUCCACCCCGUUCGAUCCGUCCCAAAGACGAUAUCACUUGCUCGUACAAUUAGCCCACAUCCUUGAAGAACGGUCCAUAUACACCGGCAACUCAUCUGAUUUACAACUGGCCCUACAAUAUGGUCAAGCGGCCUUCAGAAUGUGCAUCGCGGAGGGGGUUGCGUGCCCUACGGUCUUGACGCUAUAUGCAGCUAUCCUCAACACCAACGCUGAUAAUUCUGCUCAUUCGGAGGAUCGUACAACCGCUGAGUCAUUGGUUCGAGCGGCGAUACGUCUGUGCGAAUGGGACCAUCCCUUGAGACCGGUGACUCAUCUCGUCCUAGGAUGGAUUGUCCUACGUCGCUUCGAGGCGACCGGUGAUCGGCCUUUCAUAGAAGAAGCCGUCCACCUAGAGCAACUAGCAUUGACGCAAAUGCCCUCGCUCGAAGACCAAAUGAGGCACCGUCACUUGCGCCGUCUCGGUUGGUUCUUGUUCCGUAGAUACGAGUCGUCUUGCGACUCCCGCGAUCUCGACGAGGCGAUCUCGAACUUCGAGGAGGCUGCAAAGCUCUGCCCAUCAGCCCACAUCGACAGAGGGAGGAUAGAGGGUUAUAGGCUGAUUGGCUUGUAUCGCAGAUGUUACAAUUCCGGCGACCUUCAGGACAUCGAAUCAGCACUCGAAAUCGGAAGGCGUUCACUAGAACCUGUUGGCCCGGACGGUCAUCCGCGUAUCGGGAUACUGGAGACGGUGGCGAAUCUCUUGACUCUUAGACAUCAACGCACUCUAUCGAACGGAGAAGACAUUCAGGAAUCGAUUCAACUUCGCCGAGAAGCCUUGCGUCGCUCCUCCGUCGGCUCCAUCAACCACUGGAUCUUUCUCCAUAAUCUUACCUUUGACUUGCAGCUACGAUUUUCAUGGAGCGGAGAACUGAUCGAUCUCGAGGAAGCCAUCCAGCUUGCCCGCCAGGCUGCAAACGUGUUAUCCGACGAUCAUCCGGAAAGAUUCCGCCCAGCCCGUGUUCUUGCACAGGUCUUGACACUCCGCUUUAAAGAGGAAGGAAAUAUCGCCGAUCUGGAUGAGGCAUUGGAGUGGGAUCGCCGUGCUCUGACUGCUGUACCCCACACCCAUGGCGUGGAGAACAGUACCACGUCAGUGUUGCUCAUCUCCCAUUUAUGCCUUCGCUUUGAAUCGCUCCGCUCAGAACAUGACCUCACCGAAGCAAUAUCACUGUCUGAAGAGCUGCUUCGCAUCUUACCGACUGACCACAUCCAUCGUCCCGAUAUUCUGAGCUAUCUCUCCAAAGGCCUUCUCCUUCGAGGUCAACACAGAGACGAUCUCGCAGACAUUAACCGGGCCAUUGCCGAACUCCAACCAGUCGCAAUAAUAUCCGAUCAGGUAGACCAGCCAGAGGAACCCGAACGCCUUCGGAACCUCGCCAUUCUACAUCUGACGAGAUUCCGACGGAUGCGCAAUCCCGACGAUGCUAUGCGCGCUGCCAGUAUCAGCAGCCGUCUCUUGGCGAGCGUGACGCCCGGCCGGCGCGAGCGGCACCAAUGCCUCCUCGAUGCAUCGGAGAUUUACAUGGAACCCGAAACUCCGUGUUAUGACGUCCCUCGUGCUUUGACUUGCCUUUUGGAGGCGCUCACAGAUCCUCAAAGGGAUGUGCGCUCGCGGAUACACGGGGUCAAACGCGUCCUUGACCUGAUACACCCUCACUACGCGGAUAUCACUUCUACUGGGACAUCGACGAAUCUGCAGCUACUAGAUAUAUAUAUAGAAGGCGUGCGCCUCCUACCGCGCGUGGCAUUCUUCGGCCUCCACCUCCAAUCCCGGCUCCAGUCUCUGGCCGUCGGCCAGAGCAUAGCGCUCACGGGGGCAUCCCAUCCGCUCAAGAUUUCUCUGCCCGAGAGGGCCCUCGAAAUACUAGAACAAGGCCGCGUCACGUUCUGGAGGCACGUCCUCCGCUUGCGUUCUCCCUUCGACGAUGUGCCUGCGGAACUUCGUGGGGAGCUGUCCACGCUUGCGCGACAACUGGAGAAAGUCAGUGAUAUGGGUUUGGCGCAGGAUGCGCUGGUGGUGGAGGCCGAAGCAACCCGACGGAAGAGGCUGAGCCGGGAGUUCGAGUGCCUCUUGGAGCGAGUGCGCGACGUACCCGGACUGGAAAGGUUCCUUCUCCACGACGAAUUUGCGACCCUCGCCAAAGCCUCGGAGAGGGGGCCUGUGGUGGUGCUGGUCGCAAGCUCGCUGGCGUGCCACGCCGUGGUGUUGAAUGCAUCCGGAGAGGUCACAAUGAUUGCCCUCGACGGAGUCACAGAAGCCUGGGUCGUCGAGUCCUCAGCCUCAUGGCAAUCCGCGAUGACGGCAGCCAGAUCGCAGCUCAGGGAUCGUCUGCACAUCGAUAAGAAAACGAAUCCUCUGAAAGCUCGGUGUGCCCGGAUAGAAGCCGUUCUUCACCGGCUGUGGACGGACGUCGUUCGGCCGGUGGUUCGUAUUCUGGGCUUGGAGAUGUCUGUUGGUCGCAACCGGCCGCGGGUGUGGUGGUGUCCGACAGGGCACUUCCUCCACCUCCCGAUUCAUGCUGCAGGCGGAGUGGACGGCGUUUGGUGCUCAGAUUACGUCGUGUCUUCCUACACCCCUACAUUGGGCGCGUUGCUAGCCGCUCGAUCUGCAUAUACGCCUGUUAAGAAGCGCAACAUCAAGGCGUUGGUGGCUGCCGUAUCUGAAUCAACAAUGUCCCAUUGGAAUGACCUCGCGUCGGUGCGCGAGGAAGCCUCUGCCGUCGUCAGAUACUUGCCGGCGGGAUCGGUCCUAGCCACCUCACCCGAUCAUAUCUUCCGGAGAGCUGAGGGCGGAGUCACGGCCGAGGCGCUUCUCUUUCGUUUGCCAGACGCGACAAUCCUACAUCUCGCGUGUCACGGUCACCAAGACCCGGAUAGUCCGCUCAAGAGCGGAUUUGUGAUGCAGGAUGAGGUGCUUACGAUCGAGAGGCUGAUGCUCGUCUCGCUCCCGCGCGCGUUCAUGGCGUUCCUAAGCGCUUGCGAGACGGCCAAAGGAGACAAGUCCCAACCUGAUCAAACUGUCCAUCUAGCCGCUACCAUGUUAUUCGCGGGCUUCAAGAGCGUGAUAGCCACCCUCUGGUCGAUGGAAGACGUCGAUGGGCCGAUGAUAGCCAACUCCGUAUACAAGGACAUGUUCGAUAGCGACGCGGAGUGCAUCGACCCGGACGACGUCCCGUACGCUCUAGAUGCCGCGGUUCAGGAACUUCGCCGUGCGCACCCGGAGCCCAGUCGCUGGGCUACGUACGUUCAUUUCGGAAUUUGA